AGGUACCAGACUUCCAAUGCUACCUUAUCUAUCCGUACGCGGGUACCAAGAGCACGGUAUGGUAAGGCACCUAUCCAUCUUGGCGGCACGGACCCCGCAUCCCAAUUCCACAUCCAUCACGCCGGAACCACUACGAUUCAAUGCCAAGACAGACGUUGCGCCUAGUCAGUGAGAUCAAACUCAAUUGCCCAUUUCCCUAUCAAAUCUUUAUGUUAUCGGAUACUCACGAGCACCGAUCACCGAUAUGAUAUGAUUUCGGAUUAGUAUCAAAAAUGCCAU